AUGUCAUCGUAUGCAAAGUUCUUAAAGGAAAUCCUCUCAAAGAAGAGAAAGCUGGAGGAUUAUGAGACUAUUGCUUUGACAGAGGAAUGCGGUGCCAUUUUACAAAUCAAGUUGCUUCCAAAACUCAAGGACCCUAGAAGCUUCUCGAUACCUUAUCUUAUUAGCAACAUGAAUUUAAACAAGGCCCUUUGUGAUCUAAAUGCAAAUGAUGCUCAAAUUUCCAUCAUACUAGGAAGGCCUUUCUUAGCAACUACUAGAGCUAUUAUAGAUGUUAAGAAAGGGCAGUUAACUCUCAAAGUAAGAGAUGAGGAAGUAGAAUUCAAUCUAUUUAGAGCAAUGAAACAUAAGUCAAACACGAAUGAGUGCUUAAGAGUUGACAAUAUUGAUAAGCUAGUUAAAGAGGAAUUCCAUAAGAGAUAUCCUAAAGAUCCUCUCGAAGCAUGCAUAGUGCACAGCAACACCAUAGAUGAUGAAAACAAAGAGAUUGAAGCUUAUAUACAAUCUUUUAAAGCUAGCCCACCUCUACCCUUAGCUCAAGCACUAUAA